UAUAUUUUUAAAAUAUCAAAACAAAUAGACGUCAAACAGUUGUCAAAAGUGACUAGGGCUAUAACCCCACUUCACCACGUGUGUUUUGUCAACAACACAGAGGACUGUGUGGUGUUUACUUUUUACUUUUAAUUAGAAAUAAAUAGAGAAAAUGACCACAGCAGUGAAAAAGGGCAACACCUUCUUCUAUAAGGGUUGUAACUACUUUAAACAACGUCUAGUUUUGUCAGUGUUAAGUGGAAAACCUGUGAGAAUCACUGAUAUCAGAUCGAUGGAAGAUGAUCCAGGUUUGAGGGAGUUUGAGAUUAGUCUGGUGAGGCUCUUGGAUAAGAUCACUAAUGGAACUAUUGUCGAGUUGAAUGAGACUGGUACUGCUUUAUAUUUUCAGCCAGGGUUAUUGUUUGGUGGUACCGUUGAGCAUGAAUGUUGUAUACAAAGGGGGCUCGGUUAUUACUUAGAAGCUCUCUUUAUGUUAGGUUUUUUUUGCAAACAACCCCUUAACGUCACCCUAAGAGGGGUCACCACCAAUAACAUUGACCCUUCAGUUGAUCUUAUCAAAACAUCCAUGAUCCAAACUUUAAAACGGUUUGUGCUUGAUGACGAAGGGUUAGAAUUAAAAAUAAAAAAAAGAGGUAUGUUACCAUUAGGAGGUGGUGAGGUAAUUUUCAAAUGCCCCAUCAGGUCCAAACUAAGGCCUGUGCAACUCUUAGACAGUGGCAUGGUAAAAAGAAUCAGGGGCACCGCUUAUGCUUUAAGAGUCUCUCCUGCCAUGGCAAACAGAAUGGUUGAAAAAGCCAAAGGGGUCCUGCUAAACUUCUUACCAGACAUCUACAUUAGUGUGGACCAAUGUAAAGGCAAACAAUCAGGUAAAAGCCCGGGCUUUGGGGUUCAUUUGUAUGCAGAAACCACUCAGGGGGUCAUUUACUCUUCAGAACAGGUCUCCAAAGUUGUCUCAAAUGGGGAAGAACCAGCGAUUCCAGAAGACUUGGGUACUGCUGCGGCUCAAAGGCUUCUCUAUGAAAUUUAUUUAGGAGGAGUAGUAGACUCCUCAUGCCAAGCAUUGGCGAUUUUAAAUAUGGCCCUGGGGCCCAAGGAUGUUUCCAAAAUAGUCCUGGGGCCUCUUACUGAGUACUCCAUAGGGUUUUUGAGGCAUAUAAGGGAGUUCUUUGGGGUUACCUUUAAAAUUGAGCAUUUUCAGGAGGAGGAGCGCGAGGGGACUGGCGCCGGGAAGGUUUUGUUGACCUGUGUCGGGAUUGGGUAUAGUAAUAUUAGUAAGAGAACUAUUUAGGUGAAUAAAUAUUAUUUUUUAAGUUA